CAAGUGUCAACUUUCGAAAUACAACAAAAGAUUUUUUUACAGCCGAGUCAGUGCAGUGGAAUUUUCUUUAGCUGAUCUUGAUCGUCUGUAGCAGUGUUUUUUUUUCACUCUAUCAGCGAAAAGUUUGCUGACGAAUCAAUUACUUAUCCUCGUGGUUUGGUAAAGUAUUCUAAUACCAAUAGCGGUAUCGGAUUUACGAUAGUGAAAAGUGUGUUCUGAUUUGGGGGGCGUUUCGAUUUUUCCCAGCGCAAUCCACAUUGCUUUCUUAGCUUCUUAACAAGUAUAAACACCUAGAUUCAACCAAAAGGCGAUAUAUAACUGAAACCACUUCUGAAACGAGCGAUAAGCGACAACCAGAUCAGCAACAAUGGAGUACGAGAGCGUUCUGCUUGUAAAGCAGGAAGUGUUUGUUUACAAAAUCCCCCCGAGGCAAAGCAAUCGGGGUUAUCGGGCAGCGGAUUGGAAUCUUAACGAGCCUACCUGGACGGGACGAUUGCGAAUGGUAUCCAAAGGGAAAACGUUGGCUGUUAAGCUGGAGGAUAAAACGAGUGGGGCUCUGUUUGCUAACUGCCCGGUCGAGGCAUACCCAGGGGUGGCCAUAGAAUCCGUGUCGGAUAGCUCGCGAUAUUUUGUGCUACGAAUACAGGAUGACAAUGGUCGAAAUGCUUUCAUUGGUCUUGGUUUCGGGGAUCGAUCUGAUUCCUUUGAUCUGAAUGUGGCUCUGCAGGAUCACUUUAAAUGGGUCAAAAACGAAGAGCAAAUUGAGAAGGAAAAAGUCGAGCCUAAACAGCAGUUGGAUCUGGGAUUCAAGGAAGGAGAGACUAUUAAAAUUAAUAUGAAAAUAACGAAAAAGGACGGAUCGGAAGCCAGCGCCCGCUCAGGGGGAGCAAAGAAGGCAGGAGGGCUUGGACUACUGCCACCUCCACCAGGUGGCAGCAAAAUCGCUCCGCCGCCUACGGCUGCAUCGCCUUCCCAUCAACCCACGGCAGGAUCCGGGGGUCAGACGGAAUGGGGCGAAUUCACUUCAGCUGGAGCGAAACCUCCAACAGCAGCGACAACGCCGAGUAAAACCAACGCAAAUUGGGUUCAGUUUUAAGCGGGAGGUAAGAUCGAUCUAAACUACGUUUCAGCAUAAAAGAAGAGAAUCGAAACAUGGAGCUAUUGCUUGCCCCCGCGUUUUCGAACACGUAAAGCAUUAUUAACUCAACCACCACGACCAGUGAACAUUCGUCAGUCUCAUCAACUGUUGUUCCAACUCGAACACAUUCGUUAACUAUAGCUCGAAUUCAUGAUAGAUGAAUGCGGUGUGUGGUUGUUAUGUUCACUAUUAUACUAGCAGUGAAUUUAAUUGUUAAUCGUAAUACAAAACAGGACAAAAUGCAUAAUAAUGUAGUACAUACAAUCUAAGUGUGAACACUAUAUUCAUAUACAACACACAUACAACAAUACUUAACAGAAACGAACGGAAAUGCAUUCCGUUUAAUUUCGAACUGUUUAAUUUUUAAAUUUGCUAAAUCUUCACGCUUGUCGAAUGGUUAUUUAAACAAGCCAUUAAAUUUGUUUAGACAACGCUAGUAUGCAAAUUAUCAUGGACGGUUUGUUCACGUUUGAUUCGCUAACAAUAGAAAAGGUUUCUCGGAAUAAUACAGGCGUGUAGAAACAAUAGCAGAAUGUUUAGUACAGAGGGUCCUGUAAUUUCAGUUUAAAAUGGUAAUUUCCAAACACACCAGCAGAAAAAAGAUGAUAUACUCAGAAUAAAAACAGCAAACACAAUAUCUAUAUCCCAUGAGUAGUAGUUGUAAUGAAAUUUAUGAAAACAAAAAAAAACAUUAGUGGUAGAAGUCGCUUUUGAGGAUUCAAACGAAAGGAAAGCAAUGUUAACUGAUGCGGGGAACAGACAAAAAAAAACAAAGAGAGAGACAGAGAAAGAGAGCAAGUAGUGCAGAAAGGCAACGUAUAAUAAUCAAAUUAAAACUAGAUAAACAUUUCAAAAGGUCCUAUCUGCUUUCAUCGUUUUCCUGGAGCGUCUUUUCAUUUUGGUAAUGGUUCAGCUUCAGUAACUCUCCCAAGCGUGGUUUUCGUUCAUAAGGCUAGAUUGAUCACUUCGCUAUCAACUUGUGCAAAUAACGUGUCAUAAAAGGUGUUCAAUAAGUUGUAGUGUUUAAAUGAAAGUUAUCGACCAUCAUCAAAGCAGAUAGGACCUUUUGAAAUGUUUCUCUAGAAAAGAAAGUAAAAACAACCUAUUUAUAAUCUUAAGACACCCCCGCUGCUCAAAUAUGCACAUCGGGACAAUGAUUUUCUGGCGUGAGAUAUGUUUAAUUUUGGUUGGAAACUGCCGAGAGUUCUCAGCUACCGCAACCUUGUUUUGAUAUACAUACUUUGUGUUGUGCGCAUUUUCUUUUUAUUUGCACCUGCUCGCGGAUAGAGAAUGCAAUAGUUUUCUGCAAUAAUAUAUAUGCUGUAUAAUAAAGGCAAAGAGUAAUUCCACUGUUUACGUUGAUAAAUUCUUAUUUUAUAAUCUUUUUUCUUUGUGUAUAUUUAGCUUAAUAUGAGACGAAUAUUAAGUGAGAGCAAACAUUAUUGCAAAUGAAGUAAUUUUAAGUUGCAAAAACUAUUAGGAUAUCAAUAAAUUGUAACGAAAUGUU